AUUUGAAAGAAAUAAACUUUUUUCACUGAGUAUACAAAACAUUACACUUCUGUCAUCAUGAAGUGCUUUGAGGCUAGUUAAGGAUCAUAUCACCUCCACCUAACCUGACACCCUAGACCCACUUCAAUUUGCUUACCGCCCCAACAGAUCCGCAGACGAUGUAAUCGCCAUGACAAUGCCCUAUCCCAUUUGGACAAAUCAAAUCAAAGUUUAUUUGUCACGUGCACCGAAUACAACCGGUGUAGACCAUACAAUGAAAUGCCUACUUACAGGCUCUAACCAAAAGUGCAAAAAAGGUACAAGGUGAACAAUAGGUAAGUAAGGAAACAAAACAACAGUAAAAAGACAGUGAAAAAUAACAGUAGCGAGGCUACAUACAGACACUGGUUAGUCAAAGUGAUUGAGGUAGUAUGUACAUGUAGAUAUGGUUAAAGUGACUAUGCAGAUAUGAUGAGAGGAAUACCUAUGUAAGAAUGCUGUUCAUUGACUAUAGAUCAACCUUCUACACCAUAGUACCCUCCAAACUCAUUAAGCUCAGGGCCCUGGGUCUGAACCCUAACCUGUGCAACGGGAUCCUGGACUUCCUGAUGGGCUGCCCCCAGGUGGUGAAGGUAGGAAACAACACCUCCACUAUGCUGAUCCUCAACACUGGGGCCCAAUAAGGUUGCGUGCUCAGCCCCCUCCUGUACUCCCUGUUCACCCAUGACUGCGUGGCCACGAACGCCUCCAACUCAAUCAUCAAGUAUGCAGACGACAACAACAGUUAUAGGUCUGAUUACCAACAAAGAUGAGACAGCCUACAGGGAGGAGGUGAGGCCCCGGGCGGAGUGGUGUCAGGAAAAUAACCCCUCCCUCAAUAAAACAAAGGAGCUGAUGGUGGACUUCAGGAGACAGCAGAGGGAACACACCCGUAUCCACAUCAACGGGAGCGCAGUGAAGAAGGUGAAAAGCUUCAAGUUCCUUUGUGUACACAUCACUGACUAUCUGAAGUGGUCCACCCACACAGACAGCGUGGUGAAGAAGGUGCAACAGCACCUCAUCAACCUCAGGAGGCUGCAUAGAUUCUGCUUGGCCCCUAAGACCGUCAAACUUUUACAGAUGCACCAUUGAGAGCAUCCUGUUGGGUUUCAUCACCACAAGGACAUCAACCACCCGAGCCACGGCCCAUUCACUCCGCUAUCAUCCAGAAGGCGAGGUCAGUACAGGUGCAUCAAAGCUGGGACCGAGAGAUUGAAAAACAGCAUCUAUGUCAAGGCCAUCAGUCUGUUAAAUAGCCAUCCCUAGCUGGCUACCACCGUUACUCAACCCUGCACCUUAGAUGCUGCUGCCCAAUGUACAUAGUCAUGGAAUCACUGGUCACUGGACAUACUGUUUUACUAAUUUCAUAUGUACUGUAUACUACUGCAUUUCAAUCAAUGCCACUGACAUUGCUUGUCCAGAUAUGCUAUACAUUUCUUAAUUCCAUUCAUUAUUUUAGAUUUGUGUGUCUUGUUAUGAGUUGUUGGAUACUACUGCACUGUUGGAGUAGGAUCACAAGCAUCUCGCUAGAUCUGCAAUAACAUCUGCUAAAUAUGUGUAUGUGACCAAUCAAAUUUCAUUUGAUUAAGAACACCUGCUCUUUGGCUCAAUCAAGCUAGUUGUCUUCUGAAAUCAAAUCAAAUUGUAUUUGUCCCAUGCGCCGAAUACAACAACCUUACUUACAAGCCCUUAACCAACAAUACAAUAACAAAUAACAAAAGAGCAGCAGUAAAAUAACAGUAGCGAGGCUACCGUUGAAGUCAGAAGUUUACAUAUACCUUAUAGCCACAUACAUUUAAACUCAGUUUUUCACAAUUCCAGACAUUUAAUCCUCAUUAAAAAAGUUCCCGUCUUAGGUCAGUUAGGAUCACCACUUUAUUUUAAGAAUGUGAAAUGUCAGAAUAAUACUAGAGAGAAGGAUUUAUUUCAGCUUUUUAUUUUUCCAUCACAUUCCCAGUGGGUCAGAAGUUUAUAUACACUCAAUUAGUAUUUCAUAGCAUUGCCUUUAAAUAAUUUAACUUGGGUCAAACAUUUCAGGUCUUCCACAAGCUUCCCACAAUAAGUUGGUGGAAUAUUGUCCCAUUCCUCCUGACAGAGCUGGUGGAACUGAGUCAGGUUUGUAGGCCUCCUUGCUCGCACAUGCUUUUUCAGUUAUGCCCACAAAUGGUCUAUAUGUUCAUUUGUAAAAAAUGACAAAUUAAAUGGAAAAACAUAACUCCCCUUUGACAUUAUGGGGUAUUGUGUGUAGGCCAGGGACGACAAAUCUCAAUUGUAUCCAUUUUUAAUUCAGGCUGUAACGCAACAAAAUGUGGAAAGUCCAUGGGGUGUGAAUACUUUCUAAAGGCACUGUAUAUCAAUGUUGCUAUGUCUUAGUGUUAAAUCAUGUUUGAAAGUGUUAAAGCUGCAAUAUGUUUUGUUUUUGGGAGAAUUCACAUAGCAAUGUCAGUUAUAGAUCUGUCAUUCUCAUUGAAAGCAAGUCUAAGAAUCAGUAAAUCUGUUCUGUGUGUGUUAUUUCUAUGCUUCCCAUUUUUAUUUUGUUUUUCAGUCUUACUUUCGUUUUUGUGCACCAGCUACAAACAUCUGAAAAUACAAUAUUUUGGGUUAUGGAAAAUAUAUUUCACAGCGGUUUAGGUGGUACAACAAAUCUCUACAGUGCACUUCUUAGCAAUUUUAGCAACCAGGAAAUGGUGGAGCCAUUUCUGCAUAGGCGUUUAAAUAAUUUGUAAGUGUUACAUAAGGUUCUAUAGUGUUACAUCAUGUUUUAUUGUGUUACAGCAUGCUUUUGGUAGGCUAGAUACCAUGUUAAGGAAUUCCUAAUUAUCUUUCCUUCCAACGUCGUCACUUGCUCACUUCACUGAUUUUGAAAGGAAAUUAUUUGUAUAAAACAUAUGGUGUGAACACCCACGAGCCCAUGCUUCUACCAAUCCAAGGCCGGGAAGUUUUUUUUCCCAUCACUUUGUUGCAUUUUGGAAGUAUGUGGUACAUUUUCACAGUUCUAAACACAUGUUUCCAAAGGCCAUUUACAAUUAAUUACAUGAAAAAAUAUUUUCCAGUAAUUUGUAAACAAUACAUUUAACUAUAAUUUAAUCAAAUUGCUCAAAACUUAACUACUAAACAAAUUGUAUAGUGUCAAGUUUAAGUACAGUUUGAGAAUUGUAUAAAUUCACAUUAUUUUAAUUUAUGUUGGAAGAUCAAGCAAAGCAGUGUGACAACAACAACACAGUUACACAUGGGAUAAACAAAGUCAAUAACACAAUAGAAAAAUCUACACAGUAUGUGCAAAUGAAGUAAGGAGGUAAGGCAAUAAAUAGGCCAAUAGUGGUGAAGUAAUUAGAAUUUAGCAAUUUAUACUGGAGUGAUAUGUGCAGAUGAGGAUGUGCAAGUAGAAAUACUGGUGUGCAAAAGAGCAGAAAAAUAAAAACAAAUAUGGGGAUGAGGUAGGUAGUUGGUUGGAUGGGCCAUUUACAGAUGGGCUGUGUAGAGCUGCAUCGAUCGGUAAGCUUCUCUGACAGCUGACGCUUAAAGUUAGUGAGGUAAAUGUAAGUCUCCAACUUCAGUGAUUUUUGCAAUUUGUUCCAGUCAUUGGCAGCAGAGAACUGGAAGGAAAGGCAGCCAAAGGAGGUGUUGGCUUUGGGGAUGACCAGUGAAAUAUACCUAUGGUGCAUAGUGAUUUAGCAGUUGUUACAAUCUUUCACAUUUUGGAAGGGGAGGGGACAUUCGGCCUGUAUCUUGAGAUGGUGGAGCUCCUCUUUCCAUAAACUCUUUAGCUCCUCUUUCCAUAAACUCUUAAGCUCUCCUAACACGUAUGAACUAAAUUGAGCGGCUAAUUUGUUCAACGCCAAUGAAUGCUCAAUCAAAGUCUCUUAACAUAAGAAGUUCCAUUUGAAAAAUUUGCCAAAGUGAUUUAAAAAAAAUACUAGACAUUUGUGUAAAGCAGUGAACGAUUACACACUUCAGGAGAACGGUGUAAUAAGGAUGCACCCAAUCAAUCAGAGAUUUAGACUAAAGUAAUCAAAUGUUUGGUCUAAUGAUAUUCUAUGUACAAUUCUUCCUGUGGUCACCAGGACAGAGCUAGUCCGUCCCCCUCCUCCCUGCCGGAGUCCCCUGGAUACAACUCUCCCGGUAGAGCCUUACUGCUGGGUCUGAAGAGGGUGUCUGUGUGGCUGGUCGACUGCAGGAAAACAGCAGGGCAGAGUGGAACUGUGAGAGAAGGACACGAGGAGGGAGAUUUGAUUUCAUCAAGGGACACCCCUAACCGCCGUUCUCGCAGUGGGAGGGGCUUAUCAUCUGGGGCGCUUCAACCAUAUCAUGUUGCUGACAAGACAGAGAAGAGUCUCUCCAGAUCAGAACGUCUCAAGAAACACCAGCAGAGAUGUAUAGGAAAGAAACCUCACCACUGCUUCUCUGACUGUGGGAAGAGUUUUACAAGCCAGAGUGGCUUCAUUAUUCACACCGUAGAGAAACCGUACUGCUGCUCACAGUGUGGGAAGUGUUUCGCUGCUUCUAACACCUUCAAAUCUCAUCUGAGAAUUCAUAAAGGGGAGAGGCCUUACCCCUGCCUUGAUUGUGGGAAAAGAUUUUCUUAUUUGGGAGCCCUAAACAUACACCUGCGAACACACACAGGAGAGAAGCCUUAUAGCUGUGGUCAGUGUGGAAAGAGCUUCAGUCAAUCUGGGACCUUAAAUUCCCACCAGCGAACACAUACUGGAGAGAAACCUUAUAACUGUGAUCGGUGUGGGAAGAGAUUUGCUCAGUCAAGAGAGCUGACUAGACACCUGCGAACACACACAGGAGAGAAGCCUUAUAGUUGUGAUCAGUGUGGGAAGAGCUUUGCUCUAUCAAAAGCCCUAACUAUACACCAGCGUAUACACACUGGAGUGAAGCCUUAUAGCUGUGGUCAGUGUGGGAAAAGCUUCAAUCAGUCAGGCAACCUGACAACACACAAGCUAACACACACUGGAGUGAAGCCUUAUAGCUGUGAUCAGUGUGGGAUGAACUUUGCUCGAGCUUCCACCAUGAAUAGACACAAGCGAACACACACUGGAGAGAAACCUUAUAGCUGUGAUCAGUGUGGGAAGAGCUUUGCUCUAUCAGAUAAACGAACUAUACACCAGAGAACACACACUGGAGAGAAGCCUUAUUGCUGUUACCAGUGUGGAAAGGGCUUUGCUGUAGCUUCCACCCUGAUUAGACACUAUCGAAAACACACUGGAGAGAAGCCUUAUAGCUGUGAUCAGUGUGGGAAAAGCUUUGCUGUAGCUUCCACCCUGAAUACACACCAGCGAACACACACUGGGGAGAAGCCUUAUAGCUGUGAUCAGUGUGGGAAAAGCUUUGCUGUAGCUUACAACAUGAUUAGACACCACCAAACACACACUGCAGAGAAACAUUAGAUAGAUAUGCAGUGCAGGUAAGCCCUGUUGAUUGCUGCCAACAAGCCAUGUUGGGUGUGUCAAAGAUCAGUGGUUGGCUAGCUAGGGGCUUCUAAAAAUGUACGUUAGCUAGAAAGCCACUGACUAACGUUAGUUGUGUGUGUAACGCACGUUACCUUCCUUACAGGUAAAAAGAAAACCAGCAUAGGACAGCAUAAUGACUGACAUUUCAUGAUUGACAAGUCCUUUGUGAGCUAGCCAGCUAGAUAACGUUAACUCGCCGUUCGUGUAGUCAGACUUGCUAACUUUAGCCCAGCACUAGGGCAACAGUAGUUAGUUAGCACGUCACCACGUAAAAAAUCUGACUACACGAAUGUUGAGCUAAUGUUAACUAACAUAGCUAGCUAAACAUUAGCUAAAUAUCCCUGCCUUAGUGGGCUAGCUAACAUGUCACCACUUGGAAAAGUCUGAUUACACAAACAGUGAGCUAACAUUAACUAGUUGGCUAACUAGCUCACAAAGGACUAGUGGACUCGAUGUUUUUCCAAUACAAACUACAAAAUCGG